CGCGGUAAGCGCACGCGAGUCCGGUCGCCAUAACAACGGUUUGUUUCUAUGUGAUGUGAUAGGACCUUAUUAGAAGACAGAAUGAAACUCAAGCGAUUUCUCCUCAGAUAUUAUCCGCCAGGUAUAAUCCUUGAAUACGAGAAAGGAGGAUUUCUGAGGACCAAAUCAAUAGAUCUUUUGGAUUUGACUCCAGAAACAAAUCCAGAUGAGUUGGUGGAAGAAAUCAGACAAUCAGAGCCUCUGGUCACAAAGGCUCAGAGUGAUCAGGUCAAACAGCUGGUUAUUCGACUUCAGAAGAAGCAGACCCAGCAGGACCAUCACAGGUUCUGUUUCUCCAAGGAGCUCAAGGCACACAUACUGCCACUGACAAAUGUUGCCUUUGAUAAAUCUGGGUCAAGGUUUAUAACUGGGAGUUACGACAGGACAUGUAGAGUCUGGGACACAGCCUCAGGCACAGAGCUGCACGUGCUAGAGGGUCACAGAAACGUGGUGUAUGCAAUUGCAUUCAACAACCCUUAUGGAGACAAGAUUGCGACUGGCUCUUUUGAUAAGACCUGCAAACUGUGGUGUGCCGAGACUGGCAAAUGUUUUCAUACUUAUCGGGGACACACGGGAGAAAUAGUGUGUCUUGCAUUCAACCCCCAGAGUACGCUGGUGGCCACAAGCAGUAUGGACACCACUGCCAAGCUGUGGGAUGUGGAGAGUGGGGAGGAAGUGGCCACACUGACUGGUCACACCGCAGAGGUCCUCUCGCUGUGCUUUAACACAGUGGGCAGUCAACUUGUCACCGGUUCCUUCGACCACACAGUCGCUAUAUGGGAUGUUGCUUCAGGAAGACGGGUCCACACGCUCAUUGGUCACAUGGGAGAAAUAAGCAAUGUUCAGUUUAACUGGGAUUGCUCCUUGAUUGUUACUGGUUCCAUGGAUAAAACCUGCAAAGUUUGGGAGACUGUCAGUGGGAAGUGUGUUGCCACCCUCACUGGACACAAAGAAGAGGUGUUGGAUGUGUGUUUUGAUUUAAGUGGUCAACUCAUUGCUACUGCCUCAGCUGAUGGGACAGCAAGAGUGUUCAGUACAGCAACACAUCAGUGUCUUGCAACCUUAGAAGGCCAUGAGGGCGAUAUCUCCAAGAUCUGUUUCAGCCCUCAGGGCACCAGAGUCCUGACUGCCAGCUCAGACAAGACAGCUCGGCUGUGGGAUGCUCACUCUGGAGUCUGCUUACAAGUCCUGGAGGGGCACACAGACGAGAUCUUUUCCUGUGUCUUCAACUACGAGGGCGACACGAUCAUUACAGGCAGCAAGGAUAACACAUGCCGGAUCUGGUACUGAACAUUACCCCAACCUACCAGAGGCUCAGGAGGGCAUUUACAUGAACACAACAAUCAAAUUGUGUUUGCCAAAUAUCGUCCACUUUGUGUCUGCUCAAUUGUGGACUACUGUAAAAGAAAAACACACACAAAAAAAAUCACAAACUCCUGCUCAGUUUGGUCUUUGACUUCUGUGUGAAGUUAAUGUGGUCCUAGAAAUCAACAGAAGCUUGGAAUCUCUGCUCAGAUGUCAUCAGAAGGAGUCAAAUUCUUCAAUUUCAAAAACUGCUCAUGUUUUGUUCAAGCAAUAAUUGACAUUAUAGGAAAUAGAUGGAUUAACUGUACAUCAUAUAGUACCAUGCAAAAGUCUUGAGCCACCACUUAUUUAUUUGUAUUUUGCUAUGAAAAUAUUAAACUAAGUGAUGAUUCCUGGAAGCGUGAAAAUAAAGUAUAGAAGCAAAAACAGUUUGUACAAUUCUAAUAAUUUUAGAAGUCAAUAUUUAAAUUCGCUUUGUUAUCAUUUCUUCAAGUAGUUGUCUUUAAAUUGCCUCAGACUUUAUGACACACUGCACACUGUGCUGAGAAAGGACACGUUUUCGGUUAAUAGCUCUUUGUGAAUGACGUUGUUGGCACAAGCAUACUUUUUUAUUUCUGUCAAACUGUGCAAUUCUUGGCAUCUUUGAUGGAUUCAAUUAAAGAAAUGGAAACAAAUGAGUGGUUUUGCAAAAGGCUGCUGCUAACAAAGUGCCUGUAGGUACAAUUUAAAAUGAGUUCUUUCGUGAGUUGUCUGUUAUGUGUAGCCACAUAAAAUCCAUUAAAUUAGAUGCUGUUUUUAAACUUAUUAUUUAUAGGUCACUGUUAAGUGGCUUAAUGUACAAAAACAUCUGAAAAUGUUCAGAUAUAAGGACUGAACUGAAAAUAAGUGAAAAAGCAGCCAAUGUCUAAAGAAAAGCUUAAAAAGAACUUCAGAAAGUCUUAAAAACUUUUUCUCGACCACUUGAAAAAUGACAAAUUAGUAAAGUCUGGGUUAUUGAUAGAAAAAAAAUAAAGAAAUGAGGGGUGGCUUUAGACUUCUGCUAAGUAUUGUUUUGUAACUAGCUACAUAACUUGUGUCAUACCCCAACAACAGCAAUUGUAAACAUUUUUCCAUCUACCUCCUAAAAACAUUGUGUUGGCGCAUGCACAGAAAUCUGUGACAAGCUUAUUUAUGGUUUUCAGGUAACUUCACAUCGUUAUAGGAGCGCCAACCUGAUGAGAAAUUCCUUUGCUUCCCACCACUAUUUUUUGCUAUACAACAUGCUGAAUGAGUGUGUGACUCUGUUCACAGUGACAAAUCACACAGCAGUGCUUGCAAAGACCCUUCCACACCAGUGCAACGUAAAAAUCACAUACAUUCCUCCUUGUCCACACUAAGGUUGUUAGUCAAGUAAUUUAAACUGACGUUGGAAAAAAGCUCUGAUUAGAUUUAUGUCAUGUUACAUUGUGUACACCCAACUAACAUAUUACUAACCUGUCAACUACUGCUCCACAGUGUUGACUGUAGUGACCCUGAAACCUCUAAAUACUGUUGGGUAGCUGCCUACCAUUAGUUAAUUAGCACUCACCUUUGACAAUAAAGAAUUUCUUGUUCUUCAUCACUCAAA